GUCUUUCUGAGUACAGUCCAGAAAUCCAAGAUGGCCGCCGUUCGAUGGCGGGAACCCGUAUCUCUUUCAAGAACGAGAUAAAAAUACUUAGAAUAAACUGAGCUAAAAUGGACGUGAGCUAAAUUAACAUGAAGAGCUCUAAUUGUUCCAGCUCUGGCUUGGACGAAGAGGAAGACCCGGUGCAGGAAUUGGUAAAACCAGCCGCUUCAUCACAUAAAAAAUCACCCUGCCCUAAAGGGAAAGAUGACCAUGUCAGGGACCUGUGUACUGCAAAUGGAAUCAAUUAUGAGAAGCUCAAGAAGGGCCAGUCAAGUAAAAAGAUUCACACACUUGAAAUGUUUUUCUCUGGAUUUCCACGCAUCUCUGGUAUGGAACUCUUCCCUGGACUUCAAGUGCUGACAUUGAUUGGCCAGGAAAUUGAAGUACUACAAAACCUGGACUGUUUGCCACAUUUGACAGAAUUAUGUGUAUCUGAAUGUAGCCUUAAGGAACUGUCUGGAAUUGACAAGUGCACCAAUCUGAAGAAGGUUUAUUUCUAUGAUAACCACAUCUCCAAGAUUGAAAACCUUUCCAGCCUCACAAGACUGACUGUGCUUUGGCUCAACAGCAACAACAUUCAGGCAAUUGAGGGUCUUGAAUCACUGGCUCAGCUCACUGAUCUUAAUCUAGCAUCCAACAAAAUCACCUCAAUAGGAGAUACACUUCAACGUAACACUCAUCUAGAAGUUCUGGACCUAUCAGCAAACAGGAUCGGCUCAUUUAAAGACCUCACCAAUCUUGUUCAUCUUCCUCACCUGAAAUCCCUGAGCCUUAAAGACCCUACGUACGGCCCUAACCCAGUCUCCCUCCUGUGCAACUAUGCCACACACCUGUUGUUCCAUCUCCCAAAGCUGACGAGGCUUGACUCAUAUGACGUUGAUAACAAGGCACUGAAAGAGCUGGCUGAGGCCACUGUCUCCAAAAAGAAGAUGUACUACAACAUGAGAGUGAAGACACUUCAUCGAAACAAAGCAGACCUACUAUCCAAGUUAUUCCAGGAAAAGGAGGAUUUACAGUCAACUCCACAUAGUCACAUUGCAGUCCUUGUCGCUUGCAUUAAAGAGAUCGAGAAGGAGCAAGAAAAUGCAUUUCAUUGUUCGUUUGAGGAGGCACACAACCCUGACAAUGAGAAAGAUGAGGGCAAAGAGAGUGAUGGCAGUGGCGAAGAUGAUGACUGUGCAAAGAAGCUGGUUGCAAAACCCUCUUUCACAGAGCUCAAUGAUCAAUAUGAGAUAAAGAAACAAGCUCUGGCAAACAGAAUAGCAAAGUGGGAAAAGCAGAGCACAGAAAUUGAGCAGUGUUACCAAGAGAGCUGUCAACAAGUCAAGUCUGUGUCGGACAUGACGGUACAGCGGUUACUCCUCGAGCUUGACACAGGAGGAAAUGUGCGAUUUGAGGACGGGAAAUCAAGUGAUGCUUGGUACAAGUCGUGUCAAGACUUGGUAACUUCAAGGUUUUGUGCUGGUGACUACAUGGACCGUGGGAUCACGGGAAUUAAGGUUCAUCGCAUCACAAGGGUCCACAAUCGUAUUCUCAGGACCAGAUUCGACGAGAAACUUGACCAAGUCCUGGACAAAGAUAGCAUCAUAGAUUUGACCAAGGGCCGCUCCCACAAGAAACUUCUGGAGUAUUUAUUUUUCAUGUGGGAGCCGGACGCCCUGAACGGCGAAAAUGAGCCAAUCACAGUGCUUGAAAAUGGGUUUCGACAGCCUUCCGUUUAUGAGGAUGCAGGUCUCGAUGGAGGCGUGCCUCUGGCCAAUAGUGUUGGCAUAAGUGACAAACCAAGACUUGAACACGUGACUAAGCUAGCCAAGCAGAGAGGCAGUGUCGAUCCCUAUCCCUACAGGCAUGGUCAGCUUAUCGUCGCAAAGGUAUUUGUUGGAAGAGCGGUUCCAGCUAGAGCUGCUCCUGUCAAGAUAACCGAGAGAGCCUAUCCAUGCGCAGAUAGUGUGUUUAGGCCACGUUCACACGAGGUCUGUCAGUCCAGGAAUGUCCUAGGUAUUACCAAGCCUGGUAACCAGUGUGAAUGCAGCUCCAGACAAUGUUCCUGGUUUGUGUUUGACCAGGAACUCGUUCUGCCAGAAUACGUUGUUGACUUCGAAUAUGUUACCAAGCUUAAGCCCAAAUCGCCCUACAUAUACUACUACGGGGACCCCGUGCGAACGGUUGGGGCCACAACCGCAGGAUGCGGGACCACUGAGGGACAGGAUUCCGAGGAUGAUGACGUCAUCAAUAUGGAUCCUGUAGUCAAGCCUAGGCCAAGGAUGGUCGCCCUGACAGAGGAACUUCUCUUGAGACAUUGUAGAGUUGAAGCUCUACAGCAAAUCACAGUGCUAAAUCUUCAUGGGAACGGACUAAACCGUCUCAAGUUCAUCAACUCUAUGACAGCACUAAAGAGGCUCAUUGUGAGCUUCAAUGAGCUGACUCGACUCGAAGAUGUCAAUCACAUGCUUUUCCUUGAACAUCUUGAUGCAAGCUUCAAUAAGCUAACAACACUAGAGGGUGUAAAGGGCUGCAGUCGGCUAGGGUAUUUAGACGUUAGCUGGAAUCAGCUGCAGUACACACGUGAGGAGCUGGGGAUGAUGCGCAAACACCUCAUCACCCUCACCUAUCUGGACACCAGGCAUAACCCCUGGCAAAAGACUGAGACCCUUCGAAUGCGCGCCCUUGGUCGCCUUAAAAACCUAGAAUUCCUAGAUGGUAAACCAGUUACAGAUGAAGAAAUGGCGACUGCCUUACGUAUGGCAGCAGCUUCUCGAAUCUCGUCCUUUGCUAUUCUUGCGCAUGCGCGGACGGACCAAGUAAAACCACGUGCCCUGAGCCUACGAUCGACUGCGGAGAUCAUACUGGCCAGCAGUCAUAACAAGCCUGCUCGCCCUUUAGACGAUGACAGCCAGUGGUUUGUGAAGGUGACUGCUGUCAACCUGGAUAACCAGCACCUCGGCAAGUUGUCAAACCUGGAAAAGCUGGUUCAUCUGCGCUGGGCGUCGUUUAACAAUAACGACUUGACCAAGAUCGAGGGGUUUGAGUCCUGUUCUUCUCUUGAGGAGCUUUCACUGGAAGGCAACUGUAUCUCAAAGUUUGAAGGUCUUGUUCGAAAUCCCAAGUUGAAGUGGCUGAACUUAUCUAGUAAUAAUUUGACGAUACUUGAUACGGGAAUGCUAGAGCGAUUACCUGAACUUAGAUACCUCUCCUUGGAGAAUAACAAUAUCACAUGCCUGAAAGGCUUACAGCAUGCUGUUGAGCUGCAGGAGCUUUACCUUGGUAAUAAUCUCCUCGCCAACAUCCGGGAGAUUUUCAGUUUGAAGCCAAUCCCGAUGCUUGUCAUCCUCGAUCUCUAUGGCAACCCACUGGUGGAGAACACUGCAAACUACCGGCUCUUCGUCAUCUUCCACCUGACCACGCUCAAAGCUCUUGACGGGCUUGCUGUGGAGUCAAAUGAGGGCAACGUGGCCAAGGACGCGUUUGGUGGCAGGAUGACCACGGAUUUCAUCGCUGAGCGUCUCGGCCACUCGAACUUCAUCGAACUACGGGAACUGGACUUCCCUCACUGCUCGCUUAGAACUGUGGAUUUGGGAUCAGGGGAAAUGUUUCUUAAUCUACGAAGUGUUAAUCUUGAGCACAACUCGCUCACAUCCUUUGGAAGUCUCAUAAACUUAGUAAACCUCAAGGUUCUUUGCCUGAAUCAUAACCACAUUGAAAGCAUCGUGACCAAGCCAAAAGCCACGUCGCCAGCUAACGCAGGCAAGCGAUCCGGAGAGCCUGGUAAUGACUAUGCCAACCCGGAGAUGUUCAACCCGGUGCUUACUAACCUGGAAGUCUUACACUUAGGAUAUAAUAGCAUCCCCAGCAUAUCCGGACUGCAGCUUUCUAGACUGCCAAACCUGAAAGCUCUUUUUCUACAAGGAAAUGAGAUAACCAAAGUCGACGGCUUAGAGGGAUUGCAAGACCUUAGGGAACUCGUCCUUGACAGGAACAAAAUUAAGUGCAUUUCCGAAUACUCGUUUAUAAAUCAGUGGAAUCUCAUAGAGCUUCACAUCGAGGAGAAUAGGCUCAAAGAGUUGAGUAACUUGGAUCAUCUGCAGAACUUGCAGCGCUUGUACCUCGGCAUGAACAGAAUCCAGGAUCUGAGUCAGUUUGAGAAACUGGAGUCACUAUCAAAUCUGAUCGAGCUUUCUGUCAUCAACAACGCGGGAGGAACACCGGAGAACCCAGGGAGAAAAAAAAACCGGAGCAAAGGCGAAAACCAACUAAGUAAACUCUCGUCGGAACCGGAAAUCGAACCCAGAACCCUGUGGUGAGAGGCACAGACACUACAGAGCGACCGGGAAACCUGUGGUGAGAGGUACAGACAGAGCGACGCUCUGCCAACUGCGCAACUAAUGGUCUCCAUUUAAGAAAUAAAAUAUUCUUUGUGUGCCUUCAUUGAGUUUUGAAAACCAAGGUGUUUUUGUUUGGGAGAAUUCGAGGGGAGAUCAGUGGAACAGGAGACGGCAGGUCGAGCUUCAAUCUGCUCGAGAAUUCCCCAAACAAACACCGUUUUCUUUAUUGACCUUUUUGUGAUGGUUUUUAUUUUAUAUAUUCAAAAUUGUAUAUGAUAAGAGUAUUUUUUAUUUGUUUAUUGAAAGUACCAUAGCCCCUUUACUUUUGCUAGUAUUUAUCCUUUUUUCCUUAUUAUUUAUGCAUAAGGUUAUUCUAUAUUUCACAUAAUUUUUCGUUUAUUCCAUAUAUUAUUUAUAUUUCAUAUUAUUUUAGCUUCUUUUUCGAUUCCCGACGACACCCUUUGUCGUAAAAUCCCGAAAUUACAAAAAUCGCCAAUUGUAUCUCGCACUUGGUAUUUAACCAGAAAAGUACAGCCAUUACCCAUUUUUCCAAAUGUAUGCGGAAUCCUGGGUUUCCAAUGUUCUGUCAAUUAUUACUAUGUUGGCUUAUAAGUAGACUCGAUUGUUACGCUAAAAUGUGCUCAUCAAAAGAGCAGUAAAAGAUGAUUUCAACCGCCAUGAAAGCACCCAUUAUUCCGUGUUGCCAAAGAAUACACUGCUAGAUAAUUUCCGCUGUAUAAAAAGUCCUUUUAUUUCUAAGUGUUUUAGCUCUUUUGUUAAAUGGACUCAUUUACGCAGCAUUAAAUACCAAAAUAGGAAACGUUAGUUUUAGGAUAUAGCAAGGACAGCGACGCAGGAGACAGCACGAAUCUCUCCGUAUAUAUUUCUUAUAAAAAUUGUGUUAUGUCCAGGCUUUUUUUUUCGCACGUUUCUUUAG